UAAUCCCGGGGAAGGACACAGGGUAAUUUUUACCACGAUACCUAAUCGUAAUUCUCCGUAGACGUAGUCGAAGGUAGUUUUUAUUUGUCAUCUGUCAAAAGUUACUUUUCUGGCCCAGGAAUACAUAUUAGUAUUUGUAGGUUAACUUUAAUAGCUUCUUCGGAUAAGUAAAUUAUCGUACUUUAAACUACUACAGUCAACAAUAUUAACUGACACUAGUCGAGCAAUCACGAAUACCUAAUGGGGCCAUUACGAUUGUUCUCAAUUAACUCCUACUAGCCAAAAAAUUACACUAUGUACGAAAGAAUAAUCAAAAUUCAAAAUUCAAAUAAUUAUUCUGCAAGUAGGCCUCAAGGGCUCUUUUCAAGUCAAUACAACAUUUAUAGUAACAUCAUAUAGUGACAUGAAAAAUACAUAACAACAUUUACAAAAGUCAAUAUUAAACUUAAAUUUUAAAAACGUAAGUACAUAUUGCCUCUUUACACUUUUAGGGGUUAAUUUUAAACAAACGUAAAAACAAGAAUUACUUUUUUUAAUGGAGUACAUUAUUAAAGUUAAAUGGAGAAUUACGUUUAAAUUUAAUUAAAUAGCUAAAUAUUGUUUACACAUGUCAAGGAGCCGGUUUUAAUUCCAUAGGUAUGGGGCAAUUCGUUCGCCAAUACCCACCAAGGUAAUAAAACAAAAAAGCGGCCAAGAGCGAGUCGGACUCGUCCAUGAAGGGUUCCGUACCAUUUAUGACGUAUUAAAAAAAACUACUUACUAGAUCUCGUUCAAACCAAUUUUCGGUGGAAGUUUGCAUGGUAAUGUAUAUCAUAUAUUUUUUUUUGAUUUUUCAUUCUGUUAUUUUAGAAGUUACAGGGGAGGGGGACACACAUUUUUUCACUUUGGAAGUGUCUCUCGCGCAAACUAUUCAGUUAAGAAAAAAAUGAUAUUAGAAACCUAAAUAUCAUUUUUGAAGACCUACCCAUAGAUAACCGACAAGUAUGGGUUUGAUGAAAAAAAAAUAUUAUUUUAUUUUACGACGUAUUAAUAAAAACUUCUUACUAGAUCUCGUUCAAACCAAUUUUCGGUGGAAGUUUGCAUGGCAUCAUAUAUUUUUAUUAGGUGUAUCAUUCUCUUAUUUUAGAAGUUACAGGGGGGGGGGACACAUAUUACCACUUUGGAAGUGUCUCUUGCGCAAACUAUUCAGUUUAGAAAAAAAUGAUACUUAUUAGAAACCUUUUGAAAUUUUUUGAAGACCUAUCCAUAGAUAUACCCCACACGUAUGGGUUUGAUGAAAAAAUUUUUUUGAGUUUCAGUUCUAAGUAUAGGGAAACUCCAAAUUUUUCGUUUUUUCUUUAUUUUUGUAUGAAAAUCUUAAUGCGGUUCAUAGUAUACAUCUACUUACCAAGUUAGAACAGUAUAGUUCUUAUAGUUUCGGAAAAAAGUGGCUGUGACAUAAUCGGACAGACAGACGGACAUGACGAAUUUAUAAGGGUUCCGUUUUUUGCCAUUUGGCUACGGAACCCUAAAAAAGAGUUUUUGUUUGACCCAGCCGAAAUAAAUGUCGUGUUGGAACUAUCAUUAUUUUAUAAGUUACACUGUGUUUAAUCUAUGGGAAAAUUACAACGAAAGUAAGCAAAUAUUUGAAUUAGUUUUAGCUUGAAUCCUAUGUGCACUCAUAACGCUUAGCUAACGCUUGGCAUUAGUGAUGACGUGAUUUUUAAGAUGGCGAUGAGUGAAAUCAAGUUACCUCUUUCUAACGCAGUAAAACAGCUGCGUUCGCGAUUACCCAGCGUUCGUGUUUACCCGGCCUUCCCCUACUGUUUUAUAAUAUUCUAAAUCUCAAAUUAACACCUAGGUUCUGCAGUUGUUUUACCUUUACCAAAUCCACAACGCAUGAUACCGUUAAACAAACUAAAUGUGUUUGGUUGUCAUCUUGACCAUAAGAAAAUUGAAAACCUAGUUAUUCAAAAAAAAAUGUUAUUAAUGUUAGUUUUAUAAAUAAUAGUUACAUAAAACAAAAAACAAUGGAAUAAAUGCUAAAUCUUUUACAUUUUACCAUCAUUUAAAGAUUGUAACCUAAAUACUCUUGGGUUCAAUGGCACUCUGACGAAAACCUUCGAAACCCGUACGUCGCAGCAUAGUGCCUAAGAGAUACACCGUUAUGGCCCACAGAGCGGCCAGCAUCCGCAGUAACUGUUUACAACUCACACGGUGCAAACGCACAAUGUUUUUUGAAAGUUUCUUACUUAACUUCAGCGUGCUCGGCGUUCUCAUCGUCGCCCUAACAUUCGACUAUGUGUCCAAAUACUUCAGUUACUGGUACGUUCGACAUAUAUCUUACAAAACAACUGUACCUUUCUUCGGAAGUGACUAUCAUCGAGUUCUUGGAUUAAGAAAUACCACCGACGAAGUAAACAAACUCUACGCUAAGCAUCCCGAUGAAAGACUCUACGGUUGCAUCAAAAGCAGAAUCCCAGAUUUGAUCGUCAAAGAUCCGGAUGUAAUUGAGAAGAUGUUGUGUACGGAUUUUGCAAGUUUCCACUGCAAGGGCCUUGGCCUGGACAAAUCUCAGGAUGUUUGUUUACGAAACAAUUUGUUUUACGCGGAGGGAGAAAAAUGGACCGUAAUGCGCGAAGGAAUGGAGUCAUUGUUGAAAAGCAUGCCUUAUGAAAUUGAAGACAGUUUGCACGGCUAUUUGUCAGGAAUCAAUGGAGAUACUAACGUUCAACAGUUUCUGGCUGAUAUAUUGGAUGGAACGUUUGAAUACUUGCUCUUAAACAAAGAUUUUACGCGAAACGAGAAAAAAAUCAUACAGAGUUUUAGAUCCGCCGUUCAAAAACCUACCCUAGCAGAAAAGUUCAAGACCUAUUUAAAGAACGUUUUUCCGUCCCUGUAUUUAUUGUUCGGCUUGAGUACUUUACCCGGGGAAACGGUAAACAAAUCCCUCGAGGUACUUGAAAAAUCAAAUUUAAUGAAGGAAGUCAAGAGGAUACGAUCCGAAUUCCAAUUGGACAUUAAAGAAAAACACAGCAAGCGUAAAAGAGAUUCCGACAUUGAGUUAGCAGUUUCAAUUCUGGCCUCAUUUAUUACAGAGGGUUAUAUUCCGUGUCUAAAUGUGCUUACUGCUUUGUUUUAUGAAUUAGCUAAAUAUCCUGAAGUUCAAAAAAAGAUCCGCCUUUGUGGAUCGGGUGAAGAUUGCGAAGUUUAUUUAGAUAAAGUCAUAAAUGAAACUUUAAGACUGCAUCCAGCGUACUCUAUCACAUCUAGAAAAUGUACAAAAAUGUACAAAUUCCCUGAUGGUCUUGUAAUUGACAGAGGUUUGACAGCUACUAUUCCUAUUGAGGCAUUGCAUCAAGAUAGAAGAUUUUACGAGAAACCUGAAAUCUUUAACCCAGAUCGCUUUGAUGAAGGAAAGUUGAAGCACGCUUACUCAUAUAUACCGUUUGGAGCUGGCCCUAGGAAAUGUGUUGGUGAGGAAUUAUCAAAACGUAUUAUUAGCAGUAUUUCUCGCCGCAUCCUAUUGAAGUAUCAAGUUCGACCGUGCUCGAAGACUCCGCCGAGGCUACCGAAAACUGACCUCGGCUUCGCUAGGGUUAUCGACAGAGAUAUCUGGCUUAACUUUACUCCUAUUGAUUAAAUUUAUUCUAGAAUAGUAGAUUUUACUUAAGGGACAUUUAAACGGGCCAUAGUUUAAGUACAAUAAGUCAUCAGUUUAAUUAGUUUCUAGAGUUACGAUUAAAGAUUUAUUAUUAACGGCAACAGUGAAAAUUUUGAUCGUUUAUAUAUUAUGCUUCAUAUGUACCCUGUAUUUGCUUUAUCAAAGUUUUCAUUAGGCUUAAUAAGAAUACAGUACAAUAAGGAGGCAUUGUUAUUAUAAUAGAAGUACUUAUUCAAUAUUCCUAUAAUAAUUAUUGUUUAGUUUUUUUCAAUUCAUAAACUUUUAAAAAGUUGUUUUCAUAUUAGGGUGGUUCAAAAAUUUUUUUCUUUAAAAUAUCCGACGGGGCACCCCAAUAUUUUGUUACUCUUAUUAUGCUGAUAUAAUACACAAAUUUUUGUAACUUUAUCUCAACUACUAGGGGGUGCUCAACCUAUUUGUUUUUUUUUUGUAGUUGAGAUAAAGUUACAAAACUUGGCGUAUUUUAUCAAAAUAAUAAGUGUAUCAAAAUAAGGGGGUGCCGCUUCUUCUAGAGUUGAUUUUUUUCCAUACAAACGUAAGCCAUCCUAUUACUUAUUUUAAUUAUGCUGUCAUGGUAAUAUUCAGUGCCUACCCAUAUUACUUUUCAUCUCUCCUAUUCGGAACGUUCACCUUUCAUAGGCUGAUAAUCGGGUGUAAAGUAUUUUUUUUUUAAUUUGUACUUCGAGCGACGGCUAACAGCCAUAAUCAUAUUAUUCAGUUAAAAGCCAUAUUAGCUUUCGCAUUUUCAGACCAAGUAUUAUCGAAAUUAAAUGUUAAUUGCAUUUCAUUAUUUAAAAUUAUACUCCUAGUAUUUAGUAUUUAAAUGUAUGACAUAAACAUAAAUAUUUGUAAAUAAAUCAAUAUAAAUGACAAUGAAUGUUUAAAAUGUAAUCUUCAUUCAUUCAUUCAUCCAGUUUCACUUUUUUUAAGGUGCGUAACAUCAAGACCGUUUCAGGCAGAUCCUAAUUAAAGAUCGGAUUGUCUAUGG